AUGGAUAGCAUCGUGUGGGACAAGAACCCGGUGGCAUCACAUGCAGCCUCCAACGGAGAAUUCCAAAUCCGCAUGCCUUGCUGCAAAGGUGCGGUUUACAACCCGCGUGCAGGGAUAGUAACGACCGUCGAGCCAGUAAUCCCCACUAGUUUAGCUAGCGGAGGGAUGGGGGAUGGGGAACGGGGAUGGGAUGGUUGCGUGGCUCGGGAUCGGGGACCUUUUCUCCUCGCCUUCGGGGUUUAUCAUCGUUGGUUAGUUGGGUUAUCCGUCAAACAGGCUGGUCGUGAUGAUCCCGGUUCGUCUUCCUUCCUUCUUCGUUCCCUCGCGACGAUCUGUCGUAGCUGGAUCGUGCGCCCCCUCGACUCUGACAACUUGGUUGGUCAACUAUCCUCCGUACUAUCGGUGGCUCCUCAUGCAGCCAAUAUCUCCUAG